AAACUCGAGUUCAGUUCAUCGCUCAUCUCACUCUCGUUCCGAUCCUUUCCUCUCGUAAUUAACCCACUCAGCCACUUGUGAAGUACACCCCAGUAAAAAAUAAAUGGAGAGCAGCAUCCAAAGUUUGCCAAGCAUUUCGCAGUGAAACAGGGAAAAGAUGAAUAUUUAUUCGCUAAUAGUGCUCGGGAUUCUGCACGGGACCGUCCCCAUUCAUUCCGCAGAUGGACAAAGUGGGGUUCACAAAACCAGCGGGUCGCCUACGCCGUCACUUGGGGCACCGUUAACUCAGAAUUUCACUGAGAUCCAUUCUCCCAAAGACUUGUCCAGCUCGUCCUCCAACCGCAAAGCGAAGCGCCAAAGUGGUCGAGGAUCCAAGUCCUCAAAGCCCAAAGUGAAGAACUACUCGGGUCCGAACGGGUACCUCCAAGUCAUCGAAUCCGAGCCGCAGAGCUACUCCACCUCCUACCACCACUCGAGCGAACAACCCACCAAAGCUUACAGCAACACCAAGCGCAGCAAACAUGGGACAGACACGCGUGACGAGCGACAAAAGAGUCGCGACAACGACGACGACUACGACUACGACGACGACCGUGCCUCGCACCGGGAGCGAGAGCCGGAGAAGAAGAAGAAACGGUACAGGUCGGAGGACGAGGACGACGCCGACAGCUCCGACAUCUACGACUCUGGCACCAAGGGCUACGAGAGAAGCUCCAAGUACAACAGGGAGAAGAACGACGACUACAAAAAGUCUGGUGAGAUUGACUUCGACACGGACAAUGACGACGACUAUGGCACGAGUCGCAGUGGUUCCAACAGAGGAGGAGGUCGUCGGGGAGGAGGUCAGAAGAAAUACCGCUCCUCGAACCGAGACCGUGACAGUGACGAUUACCAACACAGCGAUGCCUCCAGUGACAACGGGAAAAGUCGCAGCAGUGACGACAAUGAGGAGGACUUUUACAAAGGGUAUGACGAAGUGGACUCGUACGGGCAGACUCGCCAAAGGGGAGGAAAACGAGGUAAGAAGAACAGCAGAGAACGGUCCAACAGGGAUGACGACGAGGUUGAGCGACGUGACAAUGACGACGAUGGCGAAGGGGACAACUACAGACGAGGGAGUUCCACGAGACCGAAAAGUAGUUCGCAGAGACGUGGACCCGCGGACGACUCGGACUUUGACUUUGAGUUCAAUGCGAGCGAUCCCUUCGGCGAGGAGAACGCUGGAGACCAUCGGAAGGACAAAAGUCCAAAGUAUAUUUCAUCCACCGUGUAAUAUUUAAUUAACUGAUUAAUUAAUAUGCAUGAAAUUUAUGACGUACUUUUUAUACAAAUUAUUAGACAAUUAAAUAAGUAAAACGUGCGUAACAAGGACGAAUCAGAAUUUAGCAGAGUUGUGCAUUUUAUUUUUUACUGAUCAUUUGAAUGAUGAUUUGCCAAUUAUCUUGUUCUGGGAGAGUGAAAAAACAGGGACUUGAAUAAGUUGGGGACUAAUUUAAAGGACAAAGUGGUGAGCGCCAUGGACGAGUGGGGCGUGGACGACGGAUGAGUGGACAACUGGGGCGGAGUAGGCGACGACUGGUCCAAUUCCGUUGUUGGGUCCGUCAGUCCAUCCGUUGGCGAGAUUAUCAACAACCCGACCAAAACAUUUAACACUUUUAACUAAGACACCAUAUUAAAGAAUCAGGUUGUGUCCUAUCUGGUUGUGUGCUGUUUGUGCACACAAUAUCGUGUUAAAACUCGGUUUAGCCCUUUGUUUACAUCUCUACUCUGCUCCUAUAUCUCACCGUGCUUAAUUCUGGAACUCUGCUACACAAUUAAAUAAGGUUAGGUUUGAAAGUAUUUUAUAUUAAUUGACGAUAUCACAAAAUAAUUCAAAUUGUGUGUAUAAUUGUGAUGACCACAUAGACACAUCAAUUCAGUUAAUAAAGCUGUACAAGAUAUAGUUUAGAAAAAUUAAAAACUAUUGUUAAAACUAAACAUGGA